AUGUCCUGGAAGGCAGGCACCAGCCAGUCCCUUCCAUCAAGCACCACCCUGCCUCUCCCCUACAACAGGACCCAUCCGAAAUCUCUGCCGUGGGAUGAGGCUGGAUCCGGCAGACAGUUCAUGCAAGGGGAGGAGUGGGCAUGGAACAAGAGCCAGCCCCCCACCGACCUCUCCUUGUUGGAGAAUGGGGAGUGGUGUUUUAUGUCCCCUGUCCUGACGAUGUUUCUGGUCGUGUGCUACUGCAUCACAAUGGUGCUGGGCCUGGUGGGCAACAUCAGCCUCAUCAGUAUCAUCGCCCGGCGCAGAGAAAAGGCCAAUGUCACCAGCAUCCUCAUCUGCAACCUGUCGUUUUCUGACAUUCUGGUGUGUCUCUUCUGUCUACCGUUCACCGUCAUAUACACACUCAUGGACCACUGGGUGUUCGGGUCGAUGCUGUGCCGGCUGGUGCCGUUCAUCCAGUGCGCGUCGGUGACAGUGUCCAUCCUGUCGCUGGUGUUAAUCGCUCUCGAGAGACACCAGCUGAUUAUCAACCCCUCUGGGUGGAAACCCAGCAUUCCUCAGGCGUACAUGGCCGUUAUCCUCAUUUGGACGCUUGCUUGCCUCACCUCGCUCCCUUUUCUGGCUUUUCAGCUGCUUACAAAUGAGCCAUAUGCCAAUGUGCCCCAUCCCAAAGCCCAGCCGCAGCCCCAGGCCGCAGGCCCUCCCCGACCCUUCCCCUUGCCCCAACUGCAGUCUUAUGACAAUACAUCUCUGCUACAGCCUCAGUUGCACACACACUCCAACGCAUCUGGGUUUUCCAACUCAUUCCACACUAUCUUUCCCUACGCUCCCGCCUCUGCCCAUCUGGAGGCGUGCCUGGAGCACUGGCCGUCCCGGCAACAGAGGCUGGCCUACACCACCUGUCUCCUGCUCUUCCAGUACUGCGGCCCUCUAGUACUGGUUUUGAUCUGCUACAUACGGGUUUUUCUCCACCUCCGCCGGCGUAAAGACAUGCUGGACCGCACCAGAGCCGUGGAGAACCAGCGCAUGGCCCAUAGCCGGCGGAUUAACAUCAUGCUGGUCGCCCUGAUAACGGCCUUCGCUCUGUGCUGGCUGCCGCUGACCAUCUUCAACGUGGUGUCUGACUGGAAUCAGGAGGCUCUGCCCAUCUGCCAUCACAACUUGCUGUUCUCCCUCUGCCACCUGCUGGCCAUGUCCUCCACUUGCAUCAAUCCCGUCAUCUACGGCUUCCUCAACUCCAACUUUCGGCAGGAGGUGAGAGAGGGGCUGCUGCACUGCCGCUGCCAGCCGGCAGAGGACGACUACGACCACUUCCCGCUGUCCACCGUGCACAUGGAGGUGUCCCGUAACUCCACGCCCCUCAGCUGA